AUGCUUGAGUUCUUCUUCUUAAUUCUAUUUUAUCAAGCAACAUUAGCUUUACUUUAUAAUGAUCCAUGUGCUAAAAAAUGUAAUUUUCCUGGUAUGAUUUGUAUAAAUAAUGUAUGUAAAUGUGAUUCAAAAAGUCGUCUUUUUUGGACGGGUGCUCGGUGUAGUUCAUGUCCAAAUGAUUGGACAAUGACUGCAUGUAUUACCUACUAUGCAACUAAAAUGUCAUGGCAAGGAGCAGAAGCAACAUGUCGUAAUGUAAAAGCAGAAUUGAUUAGUUUUCGUGAUAAAAGUAUAAUUCCACUUAUAUAUAAUGCAUCUAUUAAAAGUCAAAAUAUGGGAAUUAAUGCAUUAAGCGCAUGGACAAGUGCUCGUGCAAUAAACAUCUCCGGACUGGGAGUGUAUAAAUGGCUUGACAAGAGUAUAACACCUUUUAACAGUAACAGUGAUUGGUGGUGUAAAAAGAGUACACCUAAUUUGGGUUAUACUUAUCACUAUGAUGAACCGACAAAAUUGAUUAGUCCUACAAAGGAAGUAGAAUCAUGUGUAAAUUAUUGGCGCGGUCAACCUAAUACCCAAGUAGUGUGUUUAGACGAUCAACUUUGUAGUCGUGAUUAUCCAUUUGUUUGUGAAAAAUCAGUAAUUGGUGUAUUAGUCUUAUUGGCUCUUCUUGGUGGUAUUUUCUGUUUUCUUAAGUCUCGCAAUUCAACUAGAUUUCCACAGAAAAGUCUGACAAUUGAUAGUAAUAUUAAAGAAGAAUCAAUUCAUUCUGAUAUAAAUGCCAAUGAUGAUGCUUUCAAUUUAAAUAAUCCACCUCCCUCAGUAAAUCGUGCUCUUAAUAUAGAUGUAAAGAAACAACAAGAACAACAACAACAAAACAAACGAGGCGGUUAUGCUAAACAACAAUUUGAUGAAUUUGAAUGA